AACGUUUCUGUUUUGUUUUGUUUUGUUUUGUUUUUGUUUUCCUUUUUCAACGCUUCUCCAGAGUCCUGACCGAGAAAGGGAGCUCUGUACUCUAGAAGGGCACUCAGAACUCGUUCUAGGGUUUUAGUGCUCUGCUGCGAUUGGGUGCUCCGCGAGCAUCAGAAAGCUGCUGAAGUUAACAGCUGCCGAUUAGUAAGCUAACUCGAGUUUACGACGAUGUCUCGGGUUUAUGUCGGGAAUUUGGACCCCAGGGUUAGCGAAAGGGAACUCGAAGAUGAAUUUCGGAUCUACGGUGUUCUUCGGAGUGUCUGGGUUGCCCGAAGACCACCAGGUUAUGCCUUUGUUGAGUUUGAUGAUCGCCGAGAUGCUCUGGAUGCAAUUCAUGCAUUGGAUGGAAAAAAUGGCUGGCGAGUGGAGCUAUCUCACAACUCUAAGGGUGGUGGUGGAGGCCGCGGUGGUGGACGUGGACGCGGUGGAGGUGAGGAUCUGAAGUGUUAUGAGUGUGGCGAACCUGGUCACUUUGCUCGGGAAUGUCGCUUAAGAAUUGGUUCACGAGGCUAUGGAAGCGGACGGCGUCGAAGCCCUAGUCCUCGACGUCGUAGGAGUCCUAGUUAUGGACGCAGAAGUUAUAGCCCCCGUGGGAGGAGAUCUCCACGACGCCGCAGCAUCUCACCUCGUCGUGGCCGCAGCUUCAGCAGGUCACCUCCAUAUCGCAGUGCUCACCGUGAUUCGCCAUAUGCUAAUGGAAAUUAAGGCUGGAGCUGGAGUUGGAGCUGGUGGCAUGGUCUGGGCAGGAAACUAGGAUGGAAAUCUGGAAUACUCUAGUACUAGUAGGCUUGAUUGAAAUGCAGGAAUCAUGUUAGUUAACUGUCAUGACAAUGGAGUUUUUUAGAAAUUUGACUUUCGAUGGCUUCUACAAGUGUUUUAGCCGCCAAAAGGGGUGCUUUGGACUCCGUUUUGGCAUCGGCUUGCUCUCAGCUUACUGAAACUUGGAGGUCUCUUUCCUACUUUUAAAUUGCCACUUUAAUUGUUGCUUGUGUUUGUAACUUGUUAAUUGUUGUAGCAUUUAAUAUUUUGCAGUAGAGAUUUCUAAAAGGUUUUGCAUUUUUUGUCUUGAGGUGUGAUUUUCGGUGAAAACGGCUUCAUUUCGCUGCUUACUGCUACUUAGUGCACGGUUUUUCACCCCUCUCUGCAUCCAUGCACCACAUCACCUCCUCGCUGUCGCUUCUUUGUGCCCCUAAAUCAGCUUGAAUCACCUAUUGAAAAUGCAUGGGUGAUUAUUAGUGAAACGGCGUGAUUUCACCAACUACUGCUACUCUUAGUGCACAUGGUUUUUCCCCAUUUCUGCGUGUCUGCACCACAUUAUCUACUUGUCGUCGCUUCUUCUGCCUCCUAAUCAGCUUGAAUGAGCCACCUGUUGAAACUGCAAAUGUUCGGAAAAUCGGUUGCUGACGACACUUUCUUGUGCUCUGCAACAAAGCUUAUGAUAUUCUCUAGUUAGGACCUUUCCUUUUUCUGCUAGCUGCUUCAAGAAGAUGAACCUGUUUGUUUCUAUCUGGUACUGUGUUUCUGCAAAUGUCGGCGAAUCACAUCCAGUGACUGGAAAUUUGCUUCGAGGAGAUGCUUUGUGUUUGUUGAGUCGGUGCAUUCUUAUGCCAGUAAUUGUAAAACUGUCUGCCCCCAUUGUAAUCAAACCCCCAUAACUUUAUUUUUGUUAUUGAUUAUGUGCUUCUGUCCCGGAUUCAGGACUACAA